UGGCUAAGCUGCUGGCCGCACAGUGAGAGGACUGCUUUGCUUCUCCCCAACUCCCGGCUGCCUCAGUUUCCCUUCCCAAGAGAGGCAGGGGUCCAGGAGGUGAGCCACAGAAACCCCAACAGGGCACGUAAGCCACGUGGGGACACAGGGCCCCUCUGUCAAGAUCAAUCUCCCUAAGCCUGUCUGAGGAGCUCCAGGCUUCGGAGCAGCUGUGAAAGUCGCCUUUGUGCCUGAGGAAAAUGAGCCGAGAGAGGACCAGGGGCCCUGGCCCAGGGAACCCCUCAGGCUCCAGCUCCUGAAAUCAGCACCAGCAGGAAGGACCCCCAGCCUGGCCCCUGAGGCCACCCAGGCCUGGUGCCCACUUCGUGCCAUGGGAGCAGCCCAGGGAAAGAAGAAACAAUACUCUCCUCAGGCCAUAUUUCAUAUUGAAAAUGAGAAGCAGAGACUAAAUGGCUCAGCCUCGAUGUACUCGGAGAUCCAGAGGGAGCGGGCGGACAUCGGAGGCCUGAUGGCCCGGCCUGAGUACAGAGAGUGGAACCCGGAGCUCAUCAAGCCCAAGAAGCUGCUGAACCCUGUGAAGGCCUCCCGGAGCCACCAGGAGCUGCACCGAGAGCUGCUCAUGAACCACAGAAGGGGCUUGGGCGUGGACAGCAAGCCAGAGCUGCAGCGUGUCCUGGAGCACCGCAGGCGGAACCAGAUCAUCAAGAAGAAGAUGGAGGAGCUGGAGGCGAAGCGGCUACAGUGCCCCUUUGAGCAGGAGCUGCUGAGACGGCAGCAGAGGCUGAACCAGCUGGAAAAACCACCCGAAAAGGAAGAGGACCGUGCCCCUGAAUUUAUUAAAGUCAGGGAAAACCUGCGGAGAAUCACCACGCUGACAAAUGAAGAAAGAGUGCUGUAAAGCUGGCUGUUGAAGAUCCGCCUCCCCCUCGCCCCCAGACACACAUACAACCCUCCCUUGGUCCCCACACCCUCCUCCAGUCCUUCUGUCUGGCAGCCCUGGACCUUGGGACAUCUGUGAUGUUCACGCUUGCUCCUGUAAAAAUGCAUUGCCCCAGAGAGCCUGCCCGUCCAACCACUCCCACGCCCCCAAAGCUGGGGAUCCCUAAGCUCCCAGGACUUUCCUUCUGAACACUCACCCCUCCUGCUCCAAGAGGAAGGCACUGCUGGGAAAACUUUCACAAGACACCUCUCCCUAAAGGGGCUUCAGAGUCCUGAUGAGAGUUUUUCUAGAAGCGUUGAGAAAAGGACAGGGUCCUGCCUGGUCUGACCAGCCCUCUGUUCUGCCCAGGCCCCAGGGGGCCCUGCUUCUCUGGGCCCAACUCACAGGUCUCAGAGAACCUCCCAAACCCUGGUUUUACCUGCAGCCAGGUUUGGGGCAACUAAGGGAGCAUCUCGGGGCACCUGCAUUGAAAGCCAACCGAGGGGAAAACGGUUCAAGUGCAGCUGUCCUUGAAGAAGGGCAAGGCAGGCCUCAAGUGGCCUUGGGGCUCAGGCCAUGCCAGGUGGGAAGGGUACUAAGAAAGACAUCUUAGAGUUUGCCAGCCUUACUCCCAUACCCAUGCUUUACAGUAUUUUCUCCUCUCCACAGCCCUCCCUGCCCGGUCCUUGUACCCAUACCUAGCCAGGGCUGCAGCCUCCCUGCUCCCAGAAGUCCAGAACUGUGCUUCUCAAGCUUUAUUGUGCCUGCGAAUCACUAGGGAUCUCGUUAAAUUACAGCUUCUGAUUCAGUAGCUCUGGGAUGGAGGCUGAGAUUCUGCAUUUCUAAGAAGUUUCUAGGCUCCUGCACAGAGCACCACAUUCUAAGUAGAAGGCUAGAGCAUCCGAGAGUGCUAAGUAUUGGAAACAUCAUCUCAGAAACCAUCUCUGUCCCCCAACUCCCAUGGACCUCUGCCAUGGGGGUUCCCACCCGCCUCUGCAGCCCCCAGGGCUCUUUAUUAUCCAGCCCACCCCAGGACCCCAGGCCUGAGAAGUCUUUUAACUCCUAGAAAAUUGUCAGGUAUGUGACUGUGGUUUUCAACAGAGAUGUAUAUAAUUGCCAAUCUGCAUUUCUUACCACAGUGUUGUGAUGCAAUUCUAGUCAAAAAAAAAAAGUGGUUUUUUGUUUUGUUUUACCUUUUCCUAUAGCCUAUGGAGAGCAAAUAUCCAGUGAUUUCAAUAGGCUUCUGGAAAUACAAACAAACGGUUUGAAGACCCCACUGCCAUUCCUUUGAGUCCCCAUUUUCAGCCUCUGAACCCAAGACCCGCCCCCUACCUGGUUUCUGUCACCUGGGUCGGCUCCAGUGACUUUACCCAUUUUUCUUCCUCAAAAAUCCCUCCAUGCGAUACUAAAUGUUUUCAUCUUUUGCUGCCAUCCCAUUUUUAAAGAUUUAGACAAUGAACAAGGCCUGUUUCUUUUUCCCCUGAAGAAUAAAACCCCUGCCUUUGACUUUGUAAACCUGUCAGUUAGGGUGACAGUGCUGGAAAAGCAUUUUUCACACACAUACCCACCCCCAACCCCAAACUGCCAGAAAGAACUAUCCCUGGGAUGCUGUUUGAUUUUUGGACCAGAAGUGGGCCUUACAAGAGGAACGAGGUCAUCCUGGUCUUCUGCCUAAUGGUGGUUUGAGGGUGACCAAACAUGUUGUCCUUUUCCUGUGUGUGGGGCCAGUGUAGGCGUGUAAAUAGAAACAUGCUGUGUGAGUGUGUGUGUGUGUGUGUGUGUGUGUGUGUGAGUGAGCACUGAAAGGCUCUCGAAGGUGACUGUCUUAGUGAGAAAAUGGUGCUGCUAUUUUAAAUGUCUGCCAGGUAAGAGUGACGCUAGUGACGCAUCAUCCCUAAAAAAGACCACCACUUUCCCAAAGAAGCCGCCGCAGCGGUCUGUGUGUCAUUCAGACAUGUGAAGAGAAGCAAGACCAAGAGUCUAGGCUGGAAUAGGCCUCUCCAAGAGAAUGCUCGGAUUUCACUCGGUCGUCACCGCGUGCCCGUGGAGGCAGCAAGUCAUGGAGACAAAGCUCCAGAAGUAGAGGGGACCUCAAGUACCACGUUGUCCAGUGGAGACACAGCAGACACCCUCAUUCACUCCCCAAUGGUCAGUCCCAACUCCUCUAGCCACUCCUCACGGUAGAGAUUGUAAAUCCAGAUUCUCACUGUGUCAGCCUCCUGUGCUGCUUGGGGUGAGUGUGGAACCAGGUAUGGCCAGUGAAAUUUAAGAGGAAGUCUACAGGGACUUCUGGGAAAGCUUAUGCGGUUCUGACGAAAGAGACAGACAUGGGUGACACCUCUCUGCCCCUCCCUCCUUCCUGCCCUCAUUGAGGAUGUGAUGGCUGGAGCCACAGCAGCCUUCCUGCUACAAUGAGGAAAAGACCAAGAGACUCUCAAAGCCACGGGCCCUCUCAUCACUUGACCAAGCCAAUGCCCACAGCCGCCCUCCUCCAGAAUUCCUGUAAAUAAAAAUAAACCCUCUUCGUGUAAGCCA